AUGGCUUCACCAAAACCUGACAGUGAAGGCCCAAGUCCUCGCGAUGGCGUAACGAAGCAGAAUAUCUCACCCGGCAGUUCUCCCAUUGAAGGCCCUAUUGUCGCACAGGAAGAGGCCGACGAAGAUGCCAGCGACUCAGCCUUCGGAGAUGAUGCAGAAAGCUCUACUGCCUCCAUCUCAUCGAGCAUCCUGGAAUAUCGCAAGUUCCAAGGACGAACCUUUCAUAGCGAGAGGUAUAAUACAGAGUACUUUACGCCGAACGACGAGCAGCAGAGAGAUUCAAUUGAUAUCACGCACCAUGUUCUGACACUGCUCCUUGAUGGAAAGUUGACGCUUGUCCCUUUAAAAGAUGAUAUCCAGCGGGUUCUUGACGUCGGUACUGGAACUGGAAUCUGGGCAAUUGACUUUGCCGAUGAACACCCCAACAUUGAGGUCAUCGGAACCGACCUCUCUCCCAUUCAACCAAGCUGGGUCCCUCCAAAUGUCAAGUUCGAGCUUGAGGACGCAACGAAAGCCUGGAGCUGGCCUGAAAAUCACUUUGAUCUCGUCCACGUCCGUUUCCUCAUGGGCGCCAUAGCAGACUGGGGAACACUGUUCAAAGAGGCUUCUCACUGCUGUAAGCCAGGUGGUUUUGUUGAGUCUGGGGAGAUCAACCCAACUUUCUAUUCGGAUGACGGUAGCAUCAAUAAAGUUGAGGCUCUCCAGACCUGGAACAGACUGGUUAUUGAGAGUGGUAAGGGCUUCGGAAGGAGUUUUACUGAUAUUGAGAACGAUGUUCAACUAUUUCGCGAUGCUGGUUUGGUAGAUGUGCAGAGCUUUGACUUCAAGGUUCCCAUUGGUGGAUGGCCCAAAGACGAGAAGAUGCGAAAGGUCGGCCAAUUCCUCCGAGCUUCGAUAGAAAAUGACCUUGAAGGAUACACAAUGAUGGUUUGGCACCAGAUCAUGAACUGGCCUGAAGAUGAAUAUCAGGUAUUCCUAAUGAACAUGAGAAAGGCUUUCAAAGAUAAGAGGAUCCAUGGAUACAUGCGUGUUCGAUAUGUUUAUGGUCGAAAGCCACAUGCUGAGAAAUAG